CAACGGAACGCGAAAGUUUUCGCCAUAUUUUGUGUUGUGAUGCUGAUUUGGGGCGCAGGAGCAUAAGGUGUAGAACCACGCCGAACGCUGAGAGUGUCGCUGACUAGUGAACCGAGAGGUCCUUCGACAGGUCCCCGACACAGCACAUCGUUGGCGGCCGUGUUCGGAUGUCGUCGCCGUAAACGUCAUCGGCCUGCUCCUGGUUCGCUGCCUGCAGGACUGGCUCUGCAGUGUUUGCCCCCUCUGGAGGCUCUCGGUCGGCCGCGGGCUUGUGGGGCUUGUGGUGGUGGUGGCGCGCUGCGGCGCUGAAGGCUCGUUGUGCUCCGCACCCGCACACCGCGGGUGGCAAUCGAAAAGUGCUGAAGUAGAAAAAAUAUGGUGUGGCUAAGCGAAUCGCGAGCCGUAGUGAAUAAUUUACACAUUCCGCGUGAAGUAUGGAUAAAAGCUCUGCUCUUCGGACUGGUGCUGAGUGCGCAUGUGCUUGUUGUGACAUCGCAGCAGCAGCAGCAGCACCAGCAGCAGCAGCAACAGCAGCUUUUACCGACAAACCUGCCGUCUCCGCAGAAAAGAGCCGGUAACACUGCGGAAGGUGCGAAGGACCACUGCAACAAAACGAUCGACAUCGACGAGGACAUCUCAUCGCCGGAGGUGACCAACCUGAACCGAAACCGGCCCCUGACCUGUUGGUACCGGUUUCGCAGCUUUCGCGGAGCGCCCCGGGACCUGGUGCUACGGUUGAACUUCAAAAAGUUCAAAGUCGGAGCCCUGCUCAACGCGACACACUGCGACGGAGGCUAUCUGCAGAUAGUGGAUGGUAACGCGAAAACCGAUGUGUCAAACCGUCGGGAACCGGGUCAAUUUUGCGGCGAAUCCGAGCAACCGCAAACGUUCAUCAGCGAAACAAGUGCCGUCAAAAUAGUCUUUCACACCGACAACUUUACCGACCAGACCUACUUCGCGUUCGAUUCCCGGCCCGAGCAGCAGAUGGAAGUGUUCAACCGAUACGGUCCACACCCGGAGCUGUACCCGAACCGCCGGGGCGAAGUGGUCCAGGGGUCGUACUGUGAGCGCGAGUUUCGCGACUGCCGACUGCAGACGUGCUACGUGCAGUCCCCCGCCUACCCGGGCAUCUAUCCUCGGGCGCUCAAGUGUCGCUAUCGGUUGCACACGAGGCUUCCCUUCAUCAAGCUGUACAUCCAGAACGAGCAGUUCGCCGUCGAUGGCCAGAGGUGCGAAAACAUCAUGACGUGCCCGAUGAAGGAGAUCGGUUCCGGGUCCGAGCACUGCCCGUACGACUGGCUGGCGGUGUACGAUGGGCGCGACGAGCACGCACCCCCGAUCGGGAAGUUCUGCGGCAUGGGCAAGUUCCCGUUCAGCAUUAUCGGGACGUCGCAACACAUGUACGUCGAGUUCGUUUCGUCACCGGCCGGGCCGCUGCUGAACACCGGGUUCCACUUCAACGUUGGCAACUGGCCCGGCCACGUCGAGACGGUCGGCACCAAGCACGGAGCCUGCGACUGGCUGCUCAGCUCCGAUGCGCUGCGCGCGACUAGUGCCUCGGAAGGGAUCUUCCUCAGUGUGGCCCACUGGUACCCACCGAACACGUCCUGCAGCUACCACAUACAGGGCAACGACGACGAGGUGGUGCGCCUUUACUUCCCCAGCUUUCGGAUCAAUCGCAUCGAGGCGCCCAUCAUCAAGCACGAGGAAGACUGCGCCGAGUCGCUGACGAUCUACGACGCCAACAACCCGGACCCGGCGCGGAUCAUCAAAACGUUCUGCGACACGUUCUCGCGGCCGAUGGAGAAGAUCGACUUCGUCAGCACCGGCCGCUCGUUGUACGUAAAGUUCCUCAGCAAGACCGGCUCAUACAGCGGCAGCUCGCUGUACUAUUGGGCGCACUACGACUUCUUCAACAACACCCGGUUCGGCGAUCCGGUCCCGAACACGCUCUGCGACGAGGUGUUCUACGCGUGGAAGUACGGCCGGGGCGAGCUGAAGUCACCGCGGAACACGCUGAUCUACAAGCGAGCGUCCGGCAGUGACGUGCGCUGUCAGUACAAGUUCGUCACCGAUCGGCGCCUAUUUUCGCGCGUCGUCGUCGAGGUGACGUCGGUCACGUUCAAGGAGGUGCCGUACUCGCUGAACGCCUGCACCCGGUGCCACGAGGAGCGCGUCGACAAGCUGAUCCUGUGGGAGGAGCGCGACAAGAGCCAGAACCGGUUGGCGUGCUUCUGUGAUAACAUUCCGCGCCCGGUGCGCAUCAUCUCGUCCGGCGACCAGAUGAACCUGGAGCUCAUCAUCCAGGGCCAGCACGCGACGACCAGCUACUUCAAGAACCCGAACACACUGUUCGAGGCAAACUACGAGUUUGCGCACGGCCCAAUCUGUGGACCGAUCUCGUUGGGUCCAUCGCCGGACGGGGAGCUCGUGUUUCCGUACAAGAAUGCGCUCGGCUUCCAGCUGGCGGAGAACCGCCGGGAGAAGUGCAUCUGGGAGCUGAAGGUGGCCGCUCAGCGGGAUCUCUGGUUGCACCUCGAUAAGGCCCGGUUCGCGGAGCGUAGCUGUGAGCACGGGCGCAUCGAGGUGUACCUGGCGGGCCGGCUCGAGCCACGGUUUAUCAUCUGCCCGGAGAACGUGAGCCUGGCACGGGAUCUGCCGAUCCUGUCGGCGGCCGAGCUGGGCGCGGUGGAGAACGAAAACGAACCACUGCCGGUGCUGAUCCAAUACACCGGGGACAGCGCGGUCGGCAAGAACGCGUUCAAGUUCGUGUGGACCGAACUGUUCCAUCUACCUCGCAACGCGGACGGCACGCUGGCCACGUCCGCGAUGUUCAAGGACAGCUGCGACUUCUACUGCCCCGGCGAUCAGCACGUCUGCAUCCCGGAGUAUCUGCUGUGCAACGGCGCGCUGAAUUGCCCGAACGUGACCGGGUUGCGGGUGGUCGAGAGCAACAUCGACAAGAACUACGAGUACAUCGAGGAGAACUACCUGCGGACCGGGCUGUUCGACAAGGAGUUCCUGCUGAACAUCGAGUACCUGACCGACGAGUCGCCGGAGCUGUGCCGCACGAAGUACAUCCCGGCCACGGGCGGCGGUGGCGGGGCGGGGCGCGUCGAGCUGCCGGAGGUCGUCGAGUGCUUCCAGUUCCCGGUCGUCCAGAUGGUGCUGGCCGCCCUCGUCGUCAGCACGCUCAUCAUUCUGGCCUUCGUCAUCUACUGCCGCCUGUACGGCCAGAAGUACUACGAAUGAGAGGAACCGCACUAGCGCUGGCUGUAGCAUUCCUCGGCCCGCCCCGCCGUAGCCCUUCUCUGAUGGUCGUCCUCCACAGUUACAGUUUUCGGUUGGGUACGGUUUUUCCCGGGAUGGCGGCACUCCCCACACGAUCAGUUAUAGAUCAGAGGCGCAACGACGCGAGCGAGCUUAUUGCGGGUUGCGCAAAACUACAUAGAACCACAUAGGGCAUUACGAAGCACCGAAGAGUGCGGUAGAGAUUUAUGAACACCCCCUGAUCGACCGAACCCGGGGUCCAUCGAGUGCACUUGCUACAGUUGCUAUAGAAGAAUGCACCACGACGUUGCCACACUAGCCACAUUAGUGACAUUAGUUCCUUUGCUGACCUUUCGUUUGAUUAGGGCGUCAUAUGAUGGAUUGGAAAGUUUAAAAUCCUCCCCGCACAGGUAAUCAGUUAGAAAAGACGGAACAGCUCACGGAAACCCAACCCGCACACUAGUCCGUUAGUUGCACCACUACUUUUGAUUGGGUUUUCUGACUUUGUUCUAACGAUCUCUUCCACACUGUUCGCGUGACUGUCAAUGGCUGUCGGCCAUGAUGAUUUGCUCUCGAAAGGACGCCAGCGGGCAGUUGUUAUACUCGAAUCACCCCAACAAAUUGUGAUCUUGAGCCUCGUCGUUUUGAGUUUACGACCGAGACCGAGUGGAGCGACAGCCUUCAGCGGUAACUGAAAACGUUUAACUAGCAACACAGACCUUUGCACAACUUGUACAUAGACAUUAACUAAUGCCAAACCAACAGAAAACAGAUCGACAACAAUACCCGCUCACCGAGAUCCGGGCAGCGAGAGGGCAGCGAAUAGGAUGAAAGAAAAUAAAUAAAUUUAAAACAAAACAAAACACACACAAUUUAAAGCAAAUGAAAGUAGCGAAAAACCACAAACCUAGGGAAAUUAAUGAAUCAAUUUCAAUUACUAUACACACCCACGAGGGAGACAGAGCGGCGACGGUUGCGUAAGUCGAGAACAAACAACGGAAAAGAAAAUGUUAUUAAAUUUAAAAUGUAGUAAUUGUGUGACGGACGGAGCUCCAUGUCGGGUGAUCGGGUGAUCAAU